CGCUUUUAUGUUUAUCAGAAAAAUCUACUUCGUUUGUUGCAUCGAAAGUGGUCCCAAGCGUUCCGUAGCAUUUGUUAUCGUAUAGUUGUGGAUUGUUGUUUGUUUCGUAUUUGAAAACGCAUCAAAAUGUCGAGCCCUGCUAGAUCUACUCGAAGCCGCCGGGGUGUUGAUAGUUCCCAGGAAACUUCGCAACGAACCCCGUCGAAGCAGGGCACUUCCAACAGUGAAACCGAAACGCCAAUGCGUAUUGGAAGUAGCAUGCAUGCCCAGAAUGGAGCGAGUGUGGCAAUUGAAGGUUCCGAUCAAGUAACGGUGCCUACCUCACCGGCAGCGGAUGUUUCGGUCCUACAAGCGACCAGCCCUUACAGCCGGACAGUUGGCAUGAGUCAGAUCGAUGUUAGCUCACCGUUGAACUAUGGAACGCCCAGCUCGUUGGGUUCGAUUCGUACGCCACGUUCCGGUGUUCGUGGUACACCAAUGCGCCAGCGGCCGGAUCUACGGGUGGAUAAAUCACAGCGCCAGGUUAACGUUGGAAGCUCGGAUAUCCAUCUUGAUCCCAUUCACGAAGAAAGCCAAGCAUCGGCUGCUGACUUACCAAGCUCCGGUCCACGGUUAGUUGUGUGGGGUACGAAUGUCGUUGUGACGGAAUGCAUGAGCAAGUUUAAACAAUUUAUAAUGCGCUACAUCGAUCCGAAUGCGGCACAAGAUGAAUUGACUGAAGGUAUCAACCUUAACGAGCCGCUGUACAUGCAGAAACUGGAAGAGAUUCACACACUGGAGGAGCCUUAUUUGAAUUUCAACUGUUCGCAUUUGAAAACGUUCGACGAAACUUUGUACCGCCAGUUGAUUUGUUAUCCUCAAGAUGUAAUCCCCGCGCUAGAUAUGGCAGUGAAUGAGAUGUUCUUCGAACGCUAUCCGGCCGCCAUACUGGACCAUCAGAUUCAAGUACGCCCGUUCAAUGCGGACAAGACGCGUAACAUGCGCGCCCUCAACCCGGAAGACAUUGAUCAGAUCAUCACGAUCAGCGGCAUGGUGAUCCGUUCGUCGAACAUUGUGCCCGAAAUGCGCUGUGCGUUUUUCAAAUGUUCGAUCUGCAGUUUCUCCGUCGCGGUCGAGCUGGAACGCGGUCGUAUCGCGGAGCCAACGCUCUGUUCGCACUGCAACACGAACCACUGCUUUCAGCUCAUCCACAACCGUUCCCAGUUUGCCGAUCGUCAGCUGAUUAAGCUGCAGGAAUCACCCGACGAUAUGGCGGCCGGCCAAACGCCGCACAACGUGCUGCUGAUGGCGCACGAAGAUUUGGUAGACAAGGUACAGCCGGGUGAUCGUGUAACGGUGACGGGUAUCUACAAAGCGAUGCCAAUACAGGAGAAUCCUCGACAAUCGAGCAUGAAAUCGGUGUACCGAACGCACAUCGAUGUGCUGCACUUCCGCAAGGUCGACGACAAGCGGCUGUACGAGGAAGAGGAGGGUAAAGAUCACAUGUUCCCACCGGAACGGAUUGAGCUGCUGAAGAAGAUUGCCGAAAAGCCGGACGUGUACGAUCGUCUGGUGCGCUGCAUCGCUCCGUCCAUUUACGAAAACACGGACAUCAAGAAGGGCAUCCUGUUGCAGAUGUUUGGUGGAUCGAAGAAAAAGCAAGCCACCUCGGGAAGGCAAAACUUCCGUGCGGAAAUACACAUCCUUAUGUGCGGUGAUCCUGGCACAUCGAAAUCACAGCUGUUGCAGUACGUGUACAACCUGGUGCCGCGUACACAGUACACCUCCGGCCGUGGAUCAUCGGCGGUCGGUUUGACGGCGUACGUCACGAAGGACACGGAAACGCGCCAGCUUGUAUUGCAAACUGGUGCUUUGGUGCUGGCGGACAAUGGUGUCUGCUGUAUCGAUGAGUUCGACAAGAUGAAUGAUUCGACCCGUAGCGUUUUGCACGAAGUGAUGGAACAGCAAACGCUUAGCAUUGCCAAGGUGGGCAUCAUCUGUCAGCUGAACGCUCGCACAUCGAUUCUGGCAGCGGCCAAUCCGUCCGAAUCGCAAUGGAACAAGAACAAAACCAUUAUCGACAAUGUGCAGCUGCCGCAUACGCUGAUGUCUCGGUUCGAUCUUAUCUUUUUGAUAUUGGACCCACAAGAUGAGGUGUUUGACCGUCGUCUGGCCGCCCAUUUGGUGUCGAUGUACUAUGCUUCGCGCGAAGCGGAUGAAGAUACGUUGGUGGAUAUGAGUGUGUUGCGUGAUUACAUUGCUUACGCAAAGGAACACAUUAAUCCCGUGCUGUCCGAGGAGGCCCAGCAGCGUCUGAUUCAGGUGUACGUCGAUAUGCGAAAGGUAGGAGCCGGUAGGGGUCAAAUUUCGGCCUACCCAAGGCAGCUGGAAAGCUUGAUCCGUCUGUCCGAAGCCCAUGCUAAGGUACGGCUCAGUGAAACAGUGGACGUGCAGGACGUAGAAGAAGCCUGGCGUCUGCAUCGCGAAGCGUUGAAACAAUCAGCAACCGAUCCGUUGUCCGGUAAGAUUGACGUCGGCAUCCUUACGACCGGUUUGUCAAGUGAGGCGCGCAAAAAGCGGGCAGAAGUGGUGACGGCGAUCAAAGCGAAUCUUAAAGCGAAGGGUAAAAUCUCGACCAUUCCGUACCAGAAAUUGUUUGGCGAAAUCAGGGACGGUUCACAGGUGCUCAUCACCAAGGAAAUGUUUGAAGAUGCGCUUAAGGAACUGCAGGAUGAAGGCGUGAUCGUUAUCGUGGGUAACAACACCAUUCGAGUUUGUUAAUUUAAGUUCUUUUUAAGUUUACAUUAUCAACGUGCGUGUGUUUUUACCUUUUUUUUUUGCUACAUCUCAAAUCGUAUCUUUUGUAUGAAUAGUAUUUUCAGAUAAUAAAUAAGUAACAAUUUUUUACAAAUUUUCA